ACGCGAACAAUACCACCCCUACCCACUGGCCACUGGUUGGAUUCCGCGGAGAAGAAGAAGAACCAAGAACUAAAUUUUGUCUGCUGAUAACUCCUUUCGGGCGUUCCGUGCGCAACGAAACUGGCCGCGUCUGAGUAAUGUUCACCAUUGCCAAUAUAGCCCGACAAUGUCGCAUCUGUCUGCGUCAACUGCGCGAGCUCAAGGAGCAUCGCUCGGACCACAGUUUGGACAACCUCAACUCGCGUUCGGUCCACAUGCUGAAGAAGUUCUUCGGCAUUGAUGUGCUGGAGCAGCCCCAAGGCUUUCCCAAGCAGAUAUGCGCCCUCUGCUACAACGCCAUUGAGUACUUUGAAGAGCUGUGCAAGGUCGCCAAAGAGUCGAACGAUAAGCUGACGCCCCUGUUCCAAGAACAGGCCAAGAACUCCGUCGCAGCUGGAGCCGAGGGCGAACAGCAACAGCAACAGUCACCACAUCACCUGGAAACGCAGCUGCUGCCCAGCGAUGUUCCGAUAAAAGACGAGCCACCAGGCAGCGAGGAGGAAGACGGGGAGGAGGAGCUGCAGCUGCAGCUGAGUCAGAAUGAAUCCGUAGAUGCAGCCGAACGGGAAACCGACACCGGCUCGAUUUCAGUUUCGUCCAGCAAGAGAGCAGCGGGAGCCCUGGCCUGCGACCAGUGCGGCAAGCAGGUCUACAAGCUGCCCUACCUGGAAGCUCACAUCCGCAGCGUGCACCAGGGCCAUGCCAAGCCAUUCCUCUGCCGCAACUGUGACAAGUCCUUCACGCGCUAUGAACAGCUCCGUUCGCACAUGCGCAACUCCCAUCCGUCCCAGGGGAGCGGCGGCGGUGGCGGCGGGUCUGGCCAGCAGCAGCAAUUGGAGGAGGCGCAGCAUCUGAUCUGCGAACACUGCAACCGGCAGUACAGCACCAAGAACGCCCUGGGGGAGCAUCUGAAGCGGCAUGCCCAGCGCAAGGAGCACGUCUGCGAGCACUGCGGCGUGGCCAAGGUGACGCGGACGGAGCUGCUCACCCAUCUGCGCAUACACAACCCUAGCUGGGAGAAGUUCAAGUGCCAGCAGUGCCCGCAGCUCUUCCGCCACAAGAGCGCCAUCUCUCGUCAUGUGCGGGUGGUGCACGAGGGCCAGCGGCGCUUCCAGUGCGUCCACUGUGAGAAACGCUUCGGGACCCAUGCCUCCCAGCUGAGGCACGAGCGCCUGCACGCCAGCGGCGACGAGCAGCGACCCUCCCGUUGCGAUGUGUGCUCCAAAUGCUUUUCCGACGGGGAGCGACUCGCCUCCCACAUGCGCAGUCAUGACAAGAACCUCUGGCCCUAUGCCUGUGCCCAAUGCAACAAGCCGUGCGUCACCCGCCAGACCCUGGAGAUGCACCAGCAGCGUCACAGCGGCCACAAGCCGCACAUAUGCGGCGCCUGCAGCUUGAACUUUGCCAGCGCUGACCUCCUAGCCCAGCACAGGGAGCAGGAACUUACCUGCGGGGGUCGUGGCGGUGAUGGUCGGGCCAGAGAAGUCAUCUGAAAGAACCUUUUAUUGUAUUCCUUUUGCUAGUUUUAGUGUGUACCUGAUUUAAGAAUAAAGUGUGUUAACCAUU